UUUUUAUUUGUGACAGAUCGCAGUUGACGGUCAGCUGGUGGCCAAUGAGCUCGCUCCGCCAGAGAAACCCAAAGUGAGCGUGACGGUGCAGCAGAGCCGCCGCAGCAGGAUGACGCAGAGGAAACCUCAGGAUGGCGGUGACGCUGGUCCGGAGGGCGGCGCCGUGUCGUGGCAGAGAGUCACUCUGAUCCUGGAGCUGCUGCAGCGCAAGAAGAAGCUGAGGAGAGCCCAGACGCUGGUGCCCGUCCUCUUCUCGCUGCUCGCCAGGAGUCUCGAGUCGAGUCCCGGUGAUCACACCAACAUGGAGUACACCAAACAGCUGCUGCUCAGCUGUCUGCUCAACGUCUGCAGCAAGCUGUCUCCUGACGGAGGACCCGUGGCGCCCGACGUCCUGGAUGAAGACAAGUUCAGCGUGGAGCUGGUGGUUCAGUGCAUCAGAUCGUCCGACAUGCCGCAGACUCACCAUCACGCUCUGCUGCUGCUGGGCGCCGCCGCCACCAUCUUCCCCGAGAAAGUCCUGCACAACAUCAUGCCCAUCUUCACCUUCAUGGGCGCCAACAUCAUGCGUCUGGACGACGUCUACAGCUUCAGAGUCAUCGACAAGACGCUGCAGAUGGUCAUACCUGCUCUCAUCCAGGCCCACCAGCUGUCUGACGGCUCCUCUUCGUCUCAAAUGGUUGCCGUGGUUACGAGAAUCAUGCACGUGUUUGCGGACGCUCUCCCUCACGUGCCCGACCACCGCCGACUCCCUGUGCUCCAUCAGCUGGUGACCACGCUGGGCCCCGCCCGCUUCCUUUGGGUCCUGAUGCUCCUGCUGUUCAAGCUGCAUGCCACGCAGACCGCCAGCUCCGUCAGCGAGAAG